AAAAAACUAAUGAUGUGUUCUAUCGCUGAUAAUAAUUAUACUUCAGAGUUAUUAAAUGACACUGAAAAUGUAUUGGCUAAUUCUAUGAUUAUAAACUCUUCACCAUCAAUAUAUUUUCCAUUAACAGAAAACGACCGUAAAUCUUUUAAAAAUUUAAAGACCGGUAGAAUUAUAACAGAAUUUCAAUUUAAAGUAUAUGAUCUUUGUUCUCAGAUUCCUGAAGGGUAUGUUUCAACAUAUAAGUCACUAGCAACAGCUCUAUCAUCAUCACCACGUGCGGUUGGGAAUGCACUCCGUGUUAAUCCUUUUGCUCCUUCACCGAUACCAUGUCACCGCGUUAUUGCCUCUAAUUUCUUUAUUGGUGGUUUUGAUGGUGAAUGGUUUGGUAGAGAUAAAAAGGGAAAAGUUUGUGAUCAAGAUGAUAAUAAGAAUAAAAAUGAAAAAAUUAAUUCUAAAUUAGAAAGAUUAGCUAAAGAAGGAGUUUUUUUUGAUAAUGAAGGUUGGUUAAUUGAAUCGCAAAGGUCUUCUCAUAUUUUUAAUAAUUUUAGUCAAAAUUAAAUAACAAUAAAGUCUGUUAUCUAAACAUUUUUUUAUUGCGAUUUUGUUCUUUUCUAUUCGGUUUCUUUUUUUUUUUUAAAAAAAAUUAAUUAUUAUUAAAUGUUCUAGAAAAUAUGAAAAUAAUUUGAAUAAAAUUAUCCAUGAUUCUCAGCUCCUUUUUGGCCCUUUAUUAUACA